ACAACCACGCGAGAGACACGAGCAUAAUAAUUCGCUGCUGUCUAUUAUUAUAAGUUUGCAAUUUGUAAUUUCGUGUAGCAGGUGAAUUUAAUAGCAUUUUAAAAUUCUGCACAAUGGGUAGAAAAAUACUCGUUGCCAAGAGGGGGUUGGGCAAGAAAGGUCGUGGAGGUGAGGGAGAGGGUUCUAGAGGGUCAAAUAACAAGAACAAGAACAGAAACAAAGGUGCAAGAUGGGCAAAAGGACACAGUUGUGUUUCCAAUCCAAAGGCUACCAAGUAUAGGGAACAAGUGUCCUCCACAUUCCUCCAUCCAGUCAAUACAGGAAAUUCCUUGCUCACGGUAAAAAAUCUGAAUAAUCAGCGGCCGCCUAGUGUGGACGAUAUAGAAGACAACGAUAACGACACGGUGUUGUCUUCAGAUGUGGCUUCUCUGACUAUUUCUGACAAUGGGUUGAGCGCUUUAACAACGGCUUCUUCCAUCAGAACAAUUGCAUCUGGGUGGUCGCAAGUUUCACAUAAUGCGUUUGAAAGAUUUCUGAGAAAGUUUAAAGGAGACAUUGUUGCACACAAAGACAUGCUGAGUAUUCUUGGAGCAGCGUCUGAAGUAAUUGGAGAAGCUGGAGGAAAGAAAAAUGAAACUGAAUUUUUUGCUACUUUUAUGAGCCUGCUUAGCAGUUGUCCUCCAGAUCAAUAUCAUCCAGUUAUGUCGUUGGUUUGCAUAAUUAUUGGAAAGGUCUCCCCUGCUGUUUUGAAGCUUAGGUUUGGAGACAUUUAUCCUAGAAUCGGAACUAUUCUUACAUAUGCGUUAGAUAAUGAUGACGAUCUUCUUAUCAGAACGACCCUUGACGCACUUACAAGAUUAUUUAAAGUUCAAGAUACUCUUAACUUUGGAGAGGAUACAGUACUUGAAGCUGCCCUUUACAAUCUGCUGAAAUGUUCACUUCAUGAUAAGCCCAAAGUUCGUCGGAAAGCUCGCCAGUCAAUCAAGUCUCUAAUUGCUUCUUUCAAUGAGAAAAAUUCCACAAAUGCUAUUCCCAAAAUCGUAAUGGGUUGGGCAUUGGAUCAAGUUGCGUGUUAUCCCAUGUGUGAUUCUAAAGUUGUGGCAAAUACAUUAACAUUAAUCGCAACAUGUUGGAGUGCAAUGCAAAAAAUUUCAUUCGUGGGCGCCAAGAAACUCUUUGAAAAUGUUUUACGGGUCAUGUCCAGCGGUGAUGCAUCCAUUAUGAAAAUUGGCCUUUCGUAUUUCGUCAUCGUGUUCCAGAAUGAUGUCUCCAUAUAUUCAAACAAUUUAGAAGAUCAUUCAUUAACCACCAACUUGCUUAAAGCACUCUGGGAACUUGAACCAGAUUGGAGAAAUAUUGAUACUUUUGUGAUAUGGCUAACUUGUAUUUUGCUCGGCAUUAUCAGAUCAAACUCUAACGCUACCCAUUCGUAUCUGCCAAUCUUAUUUGAAAAGAUGAACCCCGUAUACCUGACAAACUAUGGUAAAAGGACACUCCGCGUCAUGCAAGAGUACAUACCACACAUCAUCAAUCCUGAUAUCGAAGAAAUUAUCAUCGAAAAAUGUUUUCAAACGUUGGCUAAAAGUUACCUUAUUGUCCCACCGAAUCCAUUUGUCCUCAGUGUUACGGAAACUAUGUUGGUACAACUAUCAGCUGAAAAUUUCACCAAGUCUGCCAAAGAAGUUUUCUUGCAACUGGUACCCCUAUCCAAAUCACAUGGUGUAGCUCAGGUUCUUGGAAAAUAUGUCAAAGCAUUUGGCGUGGAAAACCUUUGGGAUGCUGCAAACUCUUUGGAAACUCGGUGGGAUCUGAUCGUACCAUUGUUAAAUGAACACUUGAGUGAUGGGCACAUUUUAUUUUGGAAGAAAGAAAUGUUGACUCAGAUUAACAGGCAGUCUCCCAAAGCCAUUUGGGUUGCAUUGACUGGGUUCACUAGGAAUCCAAAAGAUCCGGAGAAUUUCCCUGCCGAAUUGAUUGGAAAAGCAAUUAGUGACAAGCCAGAGCUACGGUUACCAGCACUUACAGCCCUUAGACAAUUUCUAGAGUGGCCACAAUGUAAAGACGUGGCUCUCAAGUACAGCAAAAACUAUCUCCCUUUGAUAUUCAAUCUUUACGUUCAAGAAAAAAACAACAAAUCUAACCCAGGACAUGGCGACGCUAUUGGAGUCACUAUUCAAAAGUACUUGCCCAUUUGCGACGAGCAAUUUGUUAAUCAACUUAUGGAAAAGGCAUUUACGAAACUGGAAGCUGCUGAAGAAAAUGAAAUCAGCCCUAUUUGUGAUCUAAUAGCUUUUCUGAGCUUUAGCUGUACCGAUAUAAAAGUUCAGGAGAAAGUAAUGAACUUAAUUACAGCACGUUUCAAGAAUGCAGAUGAAAAGAAGCGACUGUACAGAAUUAUGACAUUUUUGGCGAAGAAUGAUAAUAUCACAUCCGAUAAUCUCAAUAUGGUGUAUAAACAAUUAUGCGAAGGCAAGGGAGAGACUAAAUCAAAUGCAGCUGCAGUCAGACUGGAAUGUAUCAUUGUUGCAACAAGCAAGAACCCAAGUUGGCAGAAAUCUUUCAUCUCUGAAAUUAUUUUGAAUCUUUUAAGUGCUAAUGCGAAGGCAAAAAAAUGCGCUACCCAAUACGUCGUCAAUUACUGUUCAUCUAUGAAGGAGGAAGGGAAAUCAGUCGAAGAAGUUGUCGAAGCUGCAAUGCCAGCACUUAGCUCGUCGUCGCCACUGCUGGUUUCAUGCACUUCAUAUUUUUUCUUCCUAGUUUACAAGGAAAUGAAACCACCUGCACCCAGCUUUGAAGUUUUAAAUAUUUUCUUUCAUAACUUGAGAACGUCGGAAGAUCCAAUCGUUUGGAAAUAUAGUUUAGCUUUCAUGAAUUUAAAUCUGUCAUUAUAUAAGGGCCAGUUAGGACCUUUGGCGACUUCUAUUGGCCAAAUUGCUGGCAAUUCUAAAUACCCUCGAAAGGAAAUCAAUAAGGUAUUAGCUCGAAUGAUCAGAGUUUUUGGUGGUGCUGGCCUUAGAGCUGUUCUCCCAAAUGCUGACGAGCCAAAAAUGAAAAGUCGGGUAAAGAACCUGUGCAGAAAACUGAAGAAAUUGAAGGAAGAGAGAAAGAAAACUCUCAAGGACGAGGAAGCGUCUGAUGAUGAUAAUGAGGAUGACGAGGACGAGUUUGGCCAACCUAAAUCUGAUUCUAUACCGCUAGUAAUUAAGGAAGGCCUUGUAGAUUUCUUAAACCCCAGGGAAAUUACACAGGCACUUGUCAACGAACAGCAUCCUUCGCAAAAAGAAGAGGUCGAGUUCAAAGAGUCAAAAGAUGGGAAGCUAAUAAUUGGAAACGUUGAGGGAGACUCUGAGGACGACGACGAUGAUGAUGAUGCUGACUCAGAUGACAUGGACACAGACGCAAUUCGCUUGCCAUUAAAACGGAAAUCCUCCGCAUCUGUUGCUUCAAGUAGAAGAUCUACUCGUACGAGUAAAACCUCAUUUUCCUCUAAAUCCAACAAAAUUCGUAAAACAGGAGCUGCAGGAAAUAGUCGUCCUAACAUUGCUUCAAAGAAAAAGCGAGGGGGCUCAAAAAGUAGCGUUAAAUCUCGCUCUUCUAUAGUAAGGUUUAAAUAAAUGUCUUUUCGUGUCUUAUACAUGAAUAUAAAUUACACUUAAUUGUAUAAAGAGACACGUAUAUGUGUAGGUUUAUUUAACGUUUAAUGAUACUAGUAUGCUACACACUAGAGUAAAAUUGAGUUUGUAUGACAAGAUUAUCGUGAUAUGAAAAAAUAAACUUACUUGUACAACAAAAGAAAA